GCUGGGAGCGGCCGCGAUCGCAGCAUGAGCACCCUCAAGGUCUACAGCACCUCGGUCACCGGCUCCCGGGAGAUCAAGUCCCAGCAGAGCGAAGUCACCAGGAUCCUGGAUGGGAAGAACAUCAAGUACGAGCUGGUGGACAUCUCCCAGGACAAUGCUCUGCGGGAGGAGAUGAGGGCCAAGGCAGGCAACCCCAAAGCCAUCCCACCCCAGAUCGUCAAUGGAGACCACUACUGUGGGGACUAUGAGCUCUUUGUGGAAGCUGUGGAGCAAAACACCCUGCAGGAGUUCCUGAAGCUGGCCUGAGCCCCUGGCUGCUCUCCUCUCCUGGACUCUACCUGCAUUCCUGAGCACCCUCAUCUCCCACCAUCUUCACUUCCAGGUUGUCAGCUCUGUCCUGGCACCAUGACCUCUAUCCCAGCACAGGGAAAAAACCCAUGACCAAAACUACUCCUUGCAGCUGCCUCCAAUUCCCUCCUGCCUAACCCUGGGAUCAUCUCAGAGGGAUCCAGAGCAAGCUUGAUGCUCCCUGGGAACAGAGCUGGGCCUGGUUCCCUCUGCAGCUUCCAGUGCCUCUGUAAACAGCAAAGCCUCUGGGGCUGUGGGAAGUGCAGCUCCCUCAGCCCUCUCCUCUGCAGGGAGAGCUUCCCCUUUGGGAGGGAAGGGCUUAGGCUUGCAAGUUACUUCCCACUUCUCUCAGCUGCUGUUAAAAUUGUAAAUCCUGCUGCCUCAUUUCCUUGGGUUUUGUUUGUUUGUUUGUUUUCCGACUUUUCAUCUCAACUGCAGCCAUCAUGGCAGCUAAGGUGAUUUUUUGUUUGUUUGUUUGUUUUUAAUUUAAUGCAAAAGUACUGCACAGAGCUGGGGCCUGACCACCCCCUGCAGGAGGAGGCCCAGGUUAGGGAGCUCAGGCUGGUGGCAUUCUAAUGGCACUUGUCAGGCUACCCAGGGGGAAAUCAAUAAGCCCUGGAAGUGGGGGACCACUGGGCUGCUGUGAGCAGUGGGAGUGUGUUGCUGGGGCCUCCCUGGUGAGGGUUAGCAGCUGAGGGCUGCUCCAGAGCAGCUGAUCUUGGGCUGUCUUAACUCUCCUCUUUGAGUUGGCUUUUGGUUAUGUUUUGUUUUAUUUUUGCAACCAGGACCAAGUGCAUUUUGUUUUCCUGCCAAAAAGCAAGUUUAUAACCAGUGUUGUCUUCAGAGAUGCUAUUAAA